CUAUGGCGGCCGGAGAAGAACGUGCUGCUUCUGAGGUUCUGAGAGCGCUUGCUCGACAUCUAAACUGUCUCAACGAAGACAGCAAAACCACAAGAAAACGAGCGCUUGAAGCAAUCAAAAGAGAAACUAUUGAUAAAGGGCUUUCGAGCGGCGUGUUGCAGGAGGUUUUCACGUGUCUGCUGAAGUCGCUCCUGAAAUGCCUGUCAGAUCCUAUGGAAAGAUGCAGAGAGACUGCCAUACACAUGCUUGGAGAUUUUAUUCGGUGUGUUCCUCAACCGGAGGAUUCGUUGCCUUAUCUCAUGCCCGCUUUGACGCAGCGGCUCGGCGGGAAAGAGAUCCUGGAACCCGCGGAGGAACUUAGGCUGUCCAUGGUGGAGGUUCUGACUCUCACAGUGGAGGUGUGUGGCAGGCACCUAGCUCCCUACCUCGACGAUAUGAUGAAGAUAUUACAGAGAACUAUUGUCGACCCUUUCCCAGACGUCAAAAGGGAGAGUUGCAAAUGCACUGUUCAUUUUGCAAAAAGUGUGCCAGAACAUUUCCACAUGCAGGCAGAGAGCCUGGUCAAGCCCCUGAUGCAGACCAUCUCCCAUCAGCAUUCCCGUGUGCGUGUGUCCACCAUCGAGGCCACUGGAGCGGUCAUCCAGUACGGCACGGGGAAGAACGUGGACGAUGUGCUCUCUCACCUGGCACAGAGGCUGUUUGACGACUCACCACAGGUGAGAAAAGCUGUGACUGUGGUUGUUGGUGACUGGCUGCUCCACCUGCGAGACAGAUACUCCUACUUCCACAAGCUCAUCCCCCUCCUACUGAGCAGCCUCAGCGAUGACAUCCCAGAGAUUAGUCAACGAGCUGCUGACCUGUGGAGGCAGACAGGCGCUCUGUGGGAGCAGGAGAAUGAGGAUGACCUGAAGGACAAGAUGGACUUCCUCCUGACCCCACCUGACCUCUACCCUGCUGGAGUGGCGCGUCCGGGCCUGGGCUGCAGGGAGCUGGUGGUGAGGAACCUGUCCAACCUGCUGCCGGCGCUGGCCCGCGACGUGGUUGACUGGGUGGCGGGCACGCGGGUCAAGACGGCCCAGCUGCUGUAUGCCCUGCUGCUGCACGCUGAGGACCACUGCACCCAGCACCUGCAGCUGCUGCUCUCCACGCUGUACCGCGCCUGCAACGACCCCGAGAGCGACGUGGUCACCAACUGUCUGAGAUCUGCCAAGCUCCUGGGGACCUUUGUCAGCCCCGAGGUCUUCCUCAAGCUACUCCUGGUCCACUUGGAGACCCCCUCCUCCUCCCCCCACACCCCCCUCAUGGUCCUGGCUGCCGUGCUGGGGGGCUGCUCCGGGGACCUCUUGAAACCACACCUCCAGAAGAUCGCUGAUACGCUGGUCCAACCAGACGUCUGCCAAGAGUACCAGCAG